AUGUCGCACCAACCUUUGACCGACGACCAAGGGGGUGACGGACAGGUCAGUCAGGAGCUCCGAAAGAUGACAGCGUUCAUCAAACAGGAGGCGAUGGAGAAGGCCCGCGAGAUCGAGAUCAAGGCCAACGAGGAGUUCGCAAUCGAAAAGUCCAAGCUCGUCCGCCAGGAGACGGACGCCAUCGACAGCCAGUACGAGAAGAAGUUCAAGCAGGCCCAGAUGUCCCAGCAGAUCACCCGCUCCACCGCCUCCAACAAGACGCGCCUCAAGGUCCUCGGCGCCCGCCAGGAGCUCCUCGACAAUAUCUUUGAGGACGCCCGCAAGAAGCUGUCCUCCGCCACAAAGGACAAGGGCAAGUACCAGGCUACCCUCAAGAACCUGAUCAUCGAGGGCCUCUACGCCCUCGCCGAACCCGAGGUCGUAAUCCGCGCGCGGAAAGCCGACUUUGAUGUCGUCAAGAAGGCCAUUGAGGACGCCGUCAAGGAAUACAAGAAGGAGGUCGGCAAGGACACGUCCGCCAAGAUUGACGAGCCCAACCCUCUGCCAGCGGAGAGGCAUGUUUCACCCCCCCGCCUUCUCACGUACUUAUCACUGUGCCCGCAGGAACAGAAGCUAACGAAGAUGAAAAACAGCGCCGGUGGUGUAUUCAUCGUAGGCGGAAAGGGAAAGAUCGAAAUCAACAACACAUUCGAGGAACGCCUAAACAUCCUCCAGGACACCGGUCUGCCGGCCGUCCGCGAGACUCUGUUUGGAAAGAACCCCAACCGCAGGUUCACUGAUUAA